AUAAAAAUUGCAUUCCUUGUGCACCGGUGGUUGCAGGCAAAUACCAAGCGCUAGAAAUUUGUUAAAUAAUUGUUACUUGUUAAGUUUGUUGAAUUGUUUUUGAUUUAAAGUUCUUUUUCUAACUAUAAAAUGGCUGAUUUACCGAGUUCUCCACCGCCAGCAACACCCAGCGAUGGAGCCGAUAGACGUGAUCUACGUGCCGCCAUGACUUCGCCGGUAGGUGAUUUUGAACCUUUCGAAAAUGAAGAUGAAAUUUUAGGCGAUCAAACUGUACGCCAUGACGAAGAAGAAGAUGGAGAGGAAUUGUUUGGAGACAAUUUGGAAAAUGAUUAUCGUCCCAUGCCAGAACUGGAUCAUUAUGAUCCAGCCAUGCUGGAUGACGAAGAGGACUUUUCCGAGUUGUCUCAGGGUGACCGUUUGGCAGCUGAACGUGAAAUGAAUAGACGUGAUCGAUCCAAAGGUAUACAUCGUGAUGAUCGUGAUUUAGGUUUUGAUCAGAGCGAUGAUGAUGACGAUGUGGGACCCAGAGCUAAGCGUAGGGCUGGCGAGAAGGCUGCUGUGGGUGAGGUAGAAGAUUCCGAAAUGGUGGAAUCCAUUGAAAACCUUGAAGAUACUAAAGGUCAUUCCACCAAAGAGUGGGUUAGUAUGUUGGGUCCACGUACAGAAAUUGCCAAUCGCUUUCAAUCGUUCUUGCGUACUUUUGUGGACGAGAGGGGAGCCUACACAUAUCGCGACCGCAUACGACGCAUGUGUGAACAAAAUAAAUCAUCCUUUGUAGUGUCCUACACUGAUUUGGCUAAUAAAGAACAUGUAUUGGCCUAUUUUUUGCCCGAAGCUCCCUUCCAAAUGUUGGAAAUUUUCGAUAAAGUAGCCAAAGACAUGGUACUGUCUAUAUUCCCUACUUACGAACGUGUUACAACAGAAAUUCAUGUGCGCAUUUCUGAAUUACCUUUAAUUGAAGAAUUACGUACUUUCCGUAAGUUGCAUUUAAAUCAAUUGGUGCGUACUUUAGGUGUUGUAACCUCUACAACAGGCGUUUUGCCUCAGCUGUCUGUUAUCAAAUAUGAUUGUGUUAAAUGUGGUUAUGUUUUGGGACCUUUUGUGCAGUCGCAAAAUUCUGAAGUUAAGCCGGGCUCAUGUCCUGAGUGUCAAAGUACUGGUCCAUUUUCGAUCAACAUGGAACAAACUUUGUAUCGCAAUUAUCAAAAAGUUACUCUGCAAGAAUCACCAGGACGUAUACCCGCUGGCCGUAUACCCCGCAGUAAAGAUGUUAUCUUACUAGCGGAUCUUUGUGAUCUCUGUAAACCGGGCGACGAAUUAGAGGUCACUGGUAUAUAUACCAACAACUAUGAUGGUUCCUUAAAUACCGAUCAAGGUUUUCCGGUCUUUGCUACCGUUAUCAUAGCCAACCAUGUUGUGGUCAAGGAUUGUAAACAAGUUGUGCAAUCGUUGACUGAUGAAGAUAUUGCAACCAUACAAAAAUUAAGCAAAGAUCCACGUAUUGCCGAACGUAUUGUAGCUUCAAUGGCUCCUUCCAUUUACGGUCAUGAUUAUAUUAAACGCGCCUUGGCAUUGGCUUUAUUUGGUGGCGAAUCCAAGAAUCCCGGUGAUAAACAUAAGGUCAGAGGUGAUAUCAAUUUGCUGAUAUGUGGUGAUCCCGGCACAGCAAAGUCCCAAUUUUUAAAGUACACUGAAAAAAUUGCACCACGCGCUGUAUUCACUACAGGUCAGGGUGCCAGUGCUGUAGGUUUGACAGCCUAUGUAAGACGUAAUCCCAUUUCACGUGAAUGGACAUUGGAAGCUGGUGCUUUGGUGUUGGCAGAUCAAGGCGUGUGUUUAAUUGAUGAGUUCGACAAAAUGAAUGAUCAAGAUCGUACCUCUAUACACGAAGCCAUGGAACAGCAGUCCAUUUCCAUAUCAAAAGCCGGUAUUGUUACUUCUCUACAAGCUAGAUGUACAGUUAUUGCUGCCGCCAAUCCCAUUGGAGGUCGUUAUGAUCCUUCUAUGACAUUUUCGGAAAAUGUAAACUUAUCUGAACCCAUUUUGUCACGUUUCGAUGUAUUGUGUGUGGUCAAAGAUGAAUUUGAUCCCAUGCAAGACCAGCACUUGGCUAAGUUUGUGGUUAAUUCUCAUAUUAAACAUCACCCCUCUAGUGAGGCUGAAAUGGAGGAGACACAACCCAGCGGUGUUAGUGAAAUACCACAAGAUCUUUUGAGACAAUAUAUUGUAUAUUCAAAGGAAAACAUAAGACCUAAACUAACGAACAUUGAUGAAGAUAAAAUAGCCAAAAUGUACGCCCAACUACGUCAAGAAUCAUUUGCCACCGGCUCUCUCCCCAUUACCGUACGUCACAUUGAAAGUGUUAUUCGAAUGUCGGAGGCCCAUGCUCGUAUACAUUUGCGUGAAAAUGUCAUUGAAGCUGAUGUCAGUAUGGCCAUACGCAUGAUGUUGGAAUCGUUUAUAGAAGCACAAAAAUUCAGUGUCAUGAAAAAGAUGCGAGCAACAUUCCAAAAGUAUUUGUCCUUCCAAAAGGAUCACUCCGAAUUGUUGUUCUUCAUAUUGCGUCAGUUGACAUUGGAUCAAUUGGCCUAUAUUAGAUGCAAAGAUGGUCCUUCGGCUACACAUGUGGAAAUAAUGGAACGAGAUUUGAUGGAACGUGCCAAACAGUUGGAUAUUUUUAAUUUAAAGCCAUUCUAUGAAUCGGAAUUGUUUAAACAAAAUGGUUUUGCUUAUGAUUCUAAGCGGCGUAUAAUUUUACAAAUUGUUCAAGAGGCAGCCAUUUAAGGUGUACUAAAAAAUGCUAGAUGUGUACAAGUUUCAUUUUUUUAUACAAUAUUGUUACGUUAUAAGGAUUUUAUAUAGAUUUUAAGUUUCAUUUAAACAUUUGUUUAUUUUACAAACUUUGUGUUUAAUUUUCAUUUACAUUUUUUUAAAUUGCAAAAUAAAUUGGCAAAACAAACCAAUUGAAUAAAUUUUUUUUUUAAGUAAA